AUGAGCCACUCAAUGAAAACUUGGGAACGAGUAGUCAAUCAACGCUUACGGGGUCUAACUACUUUCAGAACCAAUCAGUUUGGAUUCAUUCCAGGAAUAUUCGGCACUGAAGCAAUUUUUCUCGCAAGAACACUCUUAGAGACCUACCGAGCCCAGCAAAAAGAUCUCCACUUACUAUUCAUUAAUCUCGAGAAAGCUUACAAUAAAAUCCCUCGUGAAGUCUUAUGGCAGGCACUAGCGGAAAUGAACGUACCCGACAAGUACAUUGUCCUCAUCCAGGAUAUGUACGAAGGUGCAAGAUCCUCGGUAAGAACCAUUGGUGGAUUGUCCAACGAGUUUCCAAUUAAAAUUGUACUCCACCAAGGAUCAGACUUAAGCCCCUAUAUCUUCGCACUGGUCAUAGACCAGAUUACGAAGGAUAUUCAGGGGGAAUUGCCAUGGACCAUGCUCUUUGCGGACGACGUUGCCCUGAUCGGAGAGAGUAAGUCGGAUGUCGAAUCACGUCUGGAGACCUGGAGGAAAUACCUAGAAGCAAAGGGCUUCAGACUGAGACGAUAUAAGACGGAAUACUUGAAAUGCCCCUUCAGUACAAAAAUAGCAGACGACGGUGACGUCUUGCUGGCAGGUCAAGUGGUCCCCAAAAAAGAAUCUUUCCGGUACCUAGGAUCAGUCCCGCAAAGCAAUGGAGAAAUCGAUCUCGAUGUCCGGCAGCGCAUCCAGAUAGGAUGGGCUAGAUGGCGACAAUCCGCUGGUCUCCUUUACGACAAAAAAGUAUCUCUCAAACUUAAAUGCAAGUUCCACAAGACAGUGGUCAGACCCGCCAUGCUAUAUGGUGCGGAGUGCUGGGUGACCAGAGAAGAACACUGUAGGAACCUGCACUCUGCGGAAAUGCGCAUGCUCCGGUGGACAUGCGAUGUCACUCUUCAUGAUCGUAUUAGAAACGAGGACAUCCGCAAAACACUAGGAGUCACACAAAUCACGGAGGUGGUGCGCAACCGACGCCUGCGCUGGUUCGGACGUCUAGUACAGAACGGCUGGCGUCCAAUACAUGAAGGAAUUAGAAACAUAAGAAACAUACAACCAUGCAAGGAAAAAGUCGGUCGGCCAAAUAAGAUUUGGGAAGACUCUGUUCGCGAGGACCUAGGAAAGAUACCACUGUCGCCAGACAUCGCGUCCGAUAGGAAAGCAUGGAAAUCGCAAUCCAUGUGA